UCGGUAGACUCCCACAACAAAAACAUCAUGCCUACCUCGGAGGAUUCCGAAAUCGACCUCUCCACCCUCAGCAAAGAAGAGCUGCAACAAGAAGUUCAACGAAGGGUGGACGCCCAACUUGCGAAGGAGAGAGCAGAAAUCGCCCCACUGCCAGCAGAACAGCAGUCACCUACCAUCGGCGAGCAGUCGCUACGUCCCACACCAGCCGACAUACCGCCCACCGGCAACCAGCCUUCACCCUCCAGCCAGGGAUCCCAAUCAUUCAACAAUCCCACCAACGUCGCCAACAUCGUGGCGCAAGCGGUCAAGGCGACAGCCGAGGCCAUGUCUGGACAUCAGGGCUUUGCCCACACAGGCACGUUUCGUGUCAACCCCGGCUCUGACAUAGACCCUUGGCUUGGAAGUGUGAAGAAAGAGCAGGAUUUGUAUAUUAUGUUUGAUGUUUUUCGCAGUAAGAUGGUGUCGUAUUUUCAGGAAGAGGGUGUAUAUGAUGUAUUAGGGAUCACUGAUGUCAAGGUUGGCAAGAGGGGUGUGGAUCUAGCAGAGCUAAGGGGCAUCUUCGGGACUGAUGUGGUGGACAAGUCGUUGAAGUUGUGGAAUAUUAUCAUCAGCAAGAUUCUAUACCCUCCGAUCCAGAACUUGAUCAUGGCAUGUGAGAGUCCCCAGCAGGGGUGGAAGAUCGUCACGAAGUUCUACCAAGAGAAGAAGGAGUCUGAGAAGACUAGGCUUGAGCAAGAGUGGUUGGCGUUAGAAAUGCGUGAGUCGGAGAACCCACAGGAUUACAUAGCAAGGUCGGAAGCUCUUCGAUUACGUCUUGCCUCAGUAGGAACUAUCAAAGACACAACACAUGCUUACAAGGACGUUGUGCGCGGCCUUCCCCCAUCGUAUGCCGUGCAAAAAGGAAUAUUGCUAGCAAGCGAUGUCGUGACUUUGCAUGCCCUUGAGACUGUGGUGAGGGACGCCCACAUGGAGAUGGAGCGCGAGAGGAGCAAGGAGCAGAGGCGCGAGGCGGAGCUCGCCCUCGUCGCGUCCGGUGCGAGCCGGAGCGGCGGGGGCAAUGGGGGGGCAUCCGGGGGACAAGGAGUAGUCGACGGUCAAGACCGUGAAAUCCGUGAUGGCGAGAGAAACCGUGACGUGUUCGUCGAAGAUCCCACCGGUUUUUGCCGCUACCACCAGUCCGAACUACACACGAACGGGCAAUGCCGUUACCAGCAGCAUCUGCGGCGGACUCGCACGAGAGCAGCCGCCGAGGAUCGCCACGGAGGUGGCGGCGGAGGCCGUGGCGGCGGCUGGAGCCAGCGAGGAGGAAGACCGCCGUCGGGAGCCGGCCGGGGUGGCGGGCGUUGGGCGUACGUUGUGUACUACGCCCACGAUGAUGGUGGCUACUACGAAGACUAUGGCGACUACGACGACGGCUACUACUACGACGGCGGCUACCACGACGCCGGGUACGCCCACUACGCCGGCGGUGGAGACAGCUACAGCUACCCCUCAGGGCAGUAUGUCAUUGUAGGAGAUGGUCGUCUGCUGAAGGUGAAAGCAAUCGGUAGCAUCAACCUCAGCUUUUUCCAGGAAGGCUCUGCUACCGUAGUACCUUCGAGUGAGAGCGUCCCGCCCACUGGUCCAACCAGUGUAGUACCUGCGAGUGAGAGCGUCCCGCCCGCCGGCUAUGCCGACGUAGUACCUUCUUCGGCUUCCGGUUUUGAGUGUGUGGGUACUUUCCCGGGUAUGGAUCUUGGAGAUACGAGUGUGCUCACCGACGAGCAGCUCAUGGAUGGCUAUGAUGACACCCCACAUCAAGAUUUUUUCCCCGUAUUUAUCCCAGAGAGUGACGCUGCGAAUGUGGCUGGUGUUUUGGAUAGCAUUGACGGAGGUUCUGAUUUUGACUUGGGUGCGGCCGCGCUUGGCCCUGGUGCGUCCCCGUUCACUCUUGGAUCGACCGAAAAGUCCGUUGACAUCAACCGCUUCCACCGCUCCCUUGCCCACGCUUGCGAGCCUCUUUUGAGAGAAACUGCCCAGCAGAGAGGCAUCGUGCUCACCGGCAAGCUGGAACCGUGCACGGACUGCAUGAAGGCGAAGGGCAGGCGAGCGUCGGUGCCGCGGGGGCCGGGAGCGAGGGCGUCCAAGCCUCUCGGGCGUGUUCACCUGGACCUGUGUGGACCGCUGGUGCCUUCCCUGGGCGGCAACCUCUACCUGUUCGUCGCCGUGGACAGCGCCUCGCGGUGGAACAAGGUCUACGGUCUCCGGCGGAAGUCCGACGCGCUGGCGGCAACGAAAAGGCUGCUGGCGGACGUGGGGCGGUACGACCUCGGACGAAUCGAAUGUUUCCGCGUCGACAACGGCACAGAGUGGACCCGCGGCGAUUUCCGGCGCUUCUGCGACGACAACGGCAUCGGCGUCGAGUUCACCCCGCCCGGCGUCCCGCAGUACAACGGCGUCGUCGAGAGCGCCAUCUGGCGCAUCAUGAAGGCCGGCAUGGCCGCCCGCCGCAGCGCUGGCCGUGUGUUCCACGUCGACUUCGCCUCCAUCCCCGGCCUCGACGAGCGUGGUGACCGUCUUUGGAUGGAAUCGGCGAAGUGGGCCGCCGACGCUCUCAACCAGUCGGCGACCAAGGCCAACCCCGGGCGGCGCUCGCCGCACGAGAUGUUCACCGGCGAGCAGGGGCCGUUCCGCGUGCUGCCGUUCUUCCAGCCCGGCUUCAUGCGCGAGGACCGCCGCACCAAGCUCGACGACCAGGCCACGCUCUGUUACUACCUGAACGGCGGCGACAACCACCCGAGCGGCACCGUCAAGGUCCUCAAGGCGUCCACCGGCCGCGUCGUCUACACCAACAACGUGUCGUGGGUGACGUCGGCGCCAGCCGGCGAGGGGGGUUCCGCUGGUAUCACCGCUGCGCCGACACCCCCCCCGUUCACGCCGCCGGUCGUCUCGAUCAACUUUGGCCCAGCACCGACGCCUUCGACCGCCACACCGCCACCGCCAGCGCCCACGCCGUCGCCCGCUCCCGCUCCCGCUGCCUCUUCGACCCCUGCCGCAACGCCGCCGCCAGCGACCACGCCGCCGCCCGCUCCCACGACUUCACAGCCGCCCUCUGCCACUUCGCCGUCACCGUCGGCGACCCCCGCUCCUGGCAAUCCGUCCUCUGCCUCUCCGCCGUCACCGUCGGCGACCCCCGAUCCAUACCAGCCGCCGCCGCCGCCGGACCCCGCGAUGCCCCCGCUUACGGCUCACGCCAUGCGGCAGCUUCGCCCGGGUACAAAGGCCGAGGGUAUGACAGACCCGCGGCUGCCAAGCCGUACGAGAUCGGGCACGAGGCACAGCACAGGACUCAUCUCGAUGCUAGACAGGAACACUCUGGUGUCGAUGCUGGAGGCUCGGAGCGCGGUGGAUAAGGAGCGCAGGGAGCUGGGGGGGGCGGAGGCCGGAGAGCCGGGGGGAACGGGGGCCGGAGAGCAGGCGGGAGCACUCGCAGCAGUGGACCCGGGGGCUGCAGGAGCGGGCUUUCCACUCGCAUUUGCCACGCUCCUCGCCAACCGGGAAGACAUCGACGCCACGCUGCGAGACCAGCGCCCGCCGGAGCAACGCCCUGACCUUCCGCAUUGCCAGGCCAGCGACCUUCGUGUCCCCAAGAGCUACAAAGAGGCCAUGGCGUCGGAGCACCGGCACCUUUGGAGCGACUCUAUGCAAAGGGAGUUUUAUGGCUUGUUGGAAGCGGGGACUUUUACUCCGGCGAAGAUGUUGGCUGCUUUGGCGUGCGAGUUGAACCUCGACUUGUGUCAUUUCGAUGUUGAGCAAGCUUUUGUGCGUUCGGAGUUGGAGGAAGACGUGUACAUGCGUUUGCCGCAGGGAUGUGGAGCUCUAUCAGGAAUGAUUGUAAAACUAGGCAAGAGUCUGUAUGGCUUAAGACAGGCAUCUAGGCAGUGGCAUGCAAUGCUGAAGAGGUGUUUGGUGGCGUUAGGAUUUGAGCAGUGCAUGGCCGAUGCUUGUGUGUUUCGUUUGAUUGAGGAUGGAUGUGUUGUUUUGAUUUUGGUAGUACAUGUAGAUGACAUCUUUGCUGUUGGAGAGAGGGAGAGAUGUGAUAAGUUUGGCGCUGACCUUAACAAGUCCGUGCCAGUGAAGAACCUGGGAGAGUUGAGAUGGUAUUCUGGGUGCUUUUACGAGAGGAAUAAGGAGACCGGUAGGUUGACGAUUUCUCAGCAGACUUUCACGGACGAGCUAGCAGCAGAAUAUGGAGUAGUGGGAGGUAGGAGCGUUCCGAUGUCUUCGGGUGUGAAGCUUUCUGAUUUUGAUGCGGAUGAGGUGGCGACAGAGUUUCCGUUUCGUGAGCUGGUAGGAUCGUUGAUGUGGCUGGCGACUCAGACUAGACCAGACAUUGCGAAUGCAGUAAGGGCAGUAGCUAGGUAUUGCGCAUCUCCGAAGCUGGUACACUGGAAUGCAGCGAUGGAUAUUUUGGGCUAUGCGAGGAGGACGAGUCACUUUGGUAUUUCGUUUCAGAGAGGUACGGUAGAGGGAUUCAGCUUGCAGGGAUACGCUGAUGCGGACUUUGCAAGCAAGGCAGCAGACCGUAGGUCGGUAUCAGGGGGGAUCGUGACGUGUGGAGGAGGCGCUGUGUCUUGGUUUUCCAGAACGCAAAAAUGCGUCACGCUUUCGACGACAGAAGCAGAGUACGUCGCGCUAGGCGACGUAGUGAAGGAGAUUUUGUUUUUGAGGCAGAUUUGGCGUUUCAUGUUGCCGCAGGUCGGCAUGCCGUGCAUCCCCGUCUUCGAGGACAACCAGGGGGCGAUUCAACUAGCGCAGAACCCCAUCUCAAACUCGAACUCGAAGCACAUAGAUGUAAGGCACCAUUUUCUCAGGGAACUGGUAGAGAGGAAGGAGAUUUCGGUGAUUCACGUGCCGUCUCCGUACCAGCGUGCAGACUUUCUUACGAAAAGUUUGCCCAAGGAUGCGUUCGAGUCUCACCUAUUCCUACGAAGGAGCUUGGUCGGGUCGAAAAGGGAGCUUGCGCUUGCCGUUUGUUCCCGCAGCCAGCGUGGGCAAGCUCCUCUGGCAAGGUUGCUAGCCGGAGCUUCGCCCCGCCAGGUGCACUCAGCGCUCCCAGCAAGAACAUCUGUUCCUGUGGAUGGCGGUGCUUCCGGAACUGCUGCCGGCGCUGCUAGACCGGAAGACUCCAUUGAAGUAGCAACGAGUCAAUUGCAGGAGGAGAUGUUCAGAGUACUGUGUGAGCCGCGACCGAGCAGUCCAUCACUGGUGGCGUUGGUGCGGGGCAUGGUCGCUGCCGGAGCUCAGCCCUCGAUUGAGGCGGUUGAAGCCUUGGCCGACCACUUCUCAGAAGCCAAGGACGCCAGGAGUAUCAAGGCCGUACUAUCCUUGCUGAAACCCUCGAAGCCUGGCCUGACCGCAGUGGAUCCGAUCGGCAUCAUGUUUUCCCGGUUGGUUCGAGCGCACUGCCGGCGUCAAGACGUGACCAGCGCACUAGCGGAGGUGGUGGAGAUGGAGGCAACGGGCCGAGAGGUUGACCUUGAGGUUUACUCGGAUUUGCUGCACGGGUGUGCGAUCGCGAGACCACCUCUCCUUGGGGAAGUGGAGGCUGUGUGGACGCACAUUCAGGUGAGAGCCGUACCUGCGCACGCGCGAGUCUCGCAGGGUGCUCUGGUGAGGAUUGCCACGUCGCUUGCAGACCACGCACGAAGCCGCUACAUGGAGCGAGGGCUUACGACAAGGGGAGGCGUUCAGCAGGAUCUUUUCGUUGGCCUCAUGACAACCCACGCCAACAGCGCGGGAUACGCUCUAUUCGGCGAUAACCAACAAGACCAGCAGCAGGUCCCGCUCGAAAAGGUCGACGAAGCUUGGGACGGCAUGCUGGAGGCGCUUAAUGUAGCAGCAAGCGCAUCGACAGAUCCAGAUAGAACUGUCGAUGAAGGGGGGCUUGUGACUCCCGAGUCGUGGAUGGCGCGAGCCGCCGCGCUGGCCCUGUGCGUCCGGGACUCGGGGUUGGUCUCAGGUGCUGCCAUGUCAAGGUCUAUGGAUGCUUUCCGAUCUUACCGGAGAUACGGCGGCAGUUUUGCCAGCAGGGAAGACAUCUUUGGCCUCGCUGAGGUUGUGCGUGGCCUGGCCCGGUGCGGGCGACAAUCGGAGGUGGAAGCCAUCCUCUCGGAUCUACGGCAAGAUGCCGAGAAGGCCGAGCGAAAUGCUUCCGCAGUGGCUGCGAGCACCACCAAGACAGCCGUCGACAAGGCAAAGACGAGGAGCGCCGCUACCCGAGCCGCACUCGUCUUCGACGAGCUUCUCCGGGCGCUCGGCGCUAGGGGGCGCGGCCUCGAUUCGGGAGACCGACUGUACGGGCUGUCGCUGCUGCGGGUUGUGGACGACGUUGCUGCGCAGGCCCACGCUUGCGGAGAACGCAGUCAAGGGGACGUUGACUCGCGACUGACGGCAACGCUACAGGCCGUCCUGACGACGUCACGCUUCCUCGACCGCGAGGAUGCCACCUCUAUCAACAAGGCCAUCCGCACCGCCUUGGAUUCCGCGGCAGCAGCUAUUGCUGCGGAGGUGGGGGGAAGACACCCCGUCGAAGAUUUGCAAGGCGGGAGUGAGCCCGAGCUGCGGCGGGAGUGGGCGGGUCCAAAUUUGGCGGCGCUGUCUCUCUUGGCCCUGUUGCACGUGUCCCAGAACCGGUGGGAAGGAAUCCCUGCUGCCAUUGAUGUCCUGCAAGAGAUGCACGACCGCGGGCUCACCCCGCCGGCCACGUUGGCUGCCCAGCUGGAGACCGUCUUCAAGCGCCAUGGCACCGUCCGACAAAAGCGGCGGUCUUCGUUCCUCCUCGCAAGAGCGCUGGACGGCUUCGGCCCUCCUCGGGACAACAACAACGACGAUGGCGCCGAUGGGACUGCCGCUGAGCAAGAAGGUGACGCCCGGCGCGUCGGUAGGGUUGGAGGGGCGAUUCGCGGCAUGGUGAAGAGCUCGACCACCAGAGGGGUAGGCGAGUGGGACGCCCAAGAACCUCUCGGUGCCGCCGAGAAGUAUGCGAGCGGUGGUGGUGAUACGCAGGGCAACGACGAAGCCAGUUACAGCACCGGAGACAGCGCUGCCCAACCUUCUGCCGAGCAAAGCUACCAGCUCCUCCGGCAGAGGCGGCGAGAGGCGUCCCUCAACGGAAACGCUUCGGUGGGUGUUCGCAACGUAGAGCAGUCGUGCGCCGCCGCCGCCGUUGCCGCCGCCGCGGAAGUGACGAAGGAUGCGGGACGAGGACUAGACCGACGGCAUCCCUCACAGGCACCGACGCCGGGAGCAUCAGAGUCCCACCGCGAUAUUUUGCGGCGCGUGACGGUUCUGGCGGAGAGAGGCCGCCCUCACGCCGCUCUCGCGGCUCUGCAAGCCGUGGACGGCCGGAAGCGGGGUACGCGAGUGUCCGUGCCAUACAGGGUGUACGCCCUGCUCUUUCGGGCGCUGGCGAAUGGGUACUCGGCGCAGGGCUGUGAGGAGCUCGGGCUAGCGGCAGCCCCGGCGGAAGCGCUGCAGUGGCUGCUGAGAGGCAUGGCGCGGCAAGGCUACUCGGCCAAGACUACCACCCUCAACUUCGGGCUCGAGGCCUUCGCCGUCGCUGCGAAAACUAAACAGGUACGGGAAGGCGAGGAGGAGGUGCGAGCGCGGGUUUGCACGGAGGCUAUGGAUUUCAUGGAGGGGAUGCGAGACGGCUGGAACGGCUUGCUUCCUCCAGUCGCACCGAACGUUGUGUCGUUCAACAUUAUUGUCAAGGUGAUGUGUCGGCUGCAGAUGUUCGACCAAGCGUUCGAGGCUCUGGAAGUCAUGCAAAGUGGGGGCUUUGAGCCUGACCGAUUCACGUUUUCUACCCUCAUACACGGACUGGCUAAGGCCGGGGACAACAAUGGGGCUUGGGAGGUCAUGGUGGAGAUGACCAACAGGGGCAUCGCGCCGAACUCGAUAGUUAUCGACGGGAUAGUAGGCGGCUUCGUGCAGUCGGGCGACGUCGGGGAAGCCAUCUCCUUCGCCCAACACGCUUACAAUCAGUACGGUUGUGCGCCUACAGCGGGGAAAUAUUGCAGGGUAGUACACGCCGCGGCGGCGCUGAACGAUGGGCAGCACGAGGCUCGACGAGCAAUCGUCGUGGCCGAGCAGAUGUGGGAGGGUGAAUGGAGAGGGGAAGGGAAGACUAGUCACCCGGUUCUGGGACACGCCAACCUGAGAAGAUUGCUGGAGGAACGAGGGGCUUUCGAUCAAGUCAAUCGCCUUUGAAGAUAUCGUUUACUCUCUUAUGGCUUUCGCUGUGAGCUGUCCUCGUGUGGUGCCUCCUCCUCGGUGCGGUCACCUGCAGGAUUAUCUCGACUCAGCUAGAGGCGAAUUGGUUUCAGACCGGCGGGCUACAACGUGAUGGCAAUGGUAGCUGGGAGCGCAUAGGAAGGGCUUUCACUCCAGCGCAACCGCUGUGUUAUCUGGCCGAAGCCUUCGCGUAUGUAGCUUCCCUUCUGGGCGGUACGCACCGACAACAAUGCAGAGGGUCGGCUUGACUUUGACACUAGCGCAAGCAUGACUUGGUGAGCUGUAAGAGUUACCAUGCAGCAGCAGGGUUGAAAAUGGGUUAUUAUAAUGGUGACAUCGGCGCGAAGAAUCCGUGGUCGGAAUUGGCUUGAAAGGGAUCUCGACCUCGUUAACGCGUCCUUCGUCAGCAUGAAAACACAGCACCAUGAUUUUGCGUACGAACAUUGCGGCGUGGUUGCGUUUUUCGAAGGUGUUCCUUGCUGCCACUUUUUCCCACUCCUGUUAGGAGUGUACUUCCGGUGGAUUGUGGAAGGGAAUAUAAAGAGCACCCUACGAAAUAGGUACGGGAGCCCUAGCGCGUUCGCAGGGUGUUCGCUUGAAGGUUGCCCUAGCUCACGUUGGUAGGUGAAUCCCGUGUAUCAAAAUUCUUUGGCACGUGGUACACGGACAACUUGC